CCUCUUUCCCCAAAACUCAUUUCUUCCCCCUUGACCAUGUGGCCAUGUGUCUGUGGGAUCCAACUUAUCCUCAUCUUGCUGUCCUCUGUCUUAUGGACUCAGGGGGAAAACUGCCCAACAACUUGCCUGUGCCCAGAUCCUCACACAGUGGACUGCAGCGGCCGCGGGCUAACCCGACUACCCGAAGAGAUCCCCUUGGAUGUGCGCAGGCUUUUGCUGUCUGACAACUGGAUACCCCGUAUCCCCUCAGACUUUCUGGUUCUGUACAGUGACUUGGUCUACCUGGAUCUCAGGAACAACUCUCUCUCCAACAUAGAACCAGGGACUCUCAGCACCUCUUCCAGGCUGGUCUUCCUGGACCUGGGCAGCAAUAAUUUGACUGAAAUCCCUACAGGGACCUUUGGGGAGUCCCGGAGCCUGAUCAAACUCCGACUGGGCAACAACCCAUAUCUAAGCAUGGUGAGCGAGGAUGCUUUCCUGGGUCUCACCUCACUGAGAGAGCUGGAAUUGGAGCGUAAUGCACUGUCUACCUUAAAGGUGGGAGCACUGAGUCAGUUGCCCUCCCUGCGAGUGGUGAGGCUCGAGGGCAACCCUUGGGUAUGCAACUGCAACUUUGCCAACUUGUUCACAUGGCUGAUGGAAAACAGUCACAAGCUUCCAAAUGGAGUGGAAGGGAUGGAGUGCUCCCUGCCCAUGGACGGCAGACGUGUGUCAUUAACACAGCUCACAAAGGACAGCUUCCGCGAGUGCCAGGCCAGCCUCACGCUAACGGACCUGCUCAUCAUCAUUUUCUCUGGCAUUUCUGUAUCUGUGGUGGCCAUCAUGACAAGCUUCUUCUUGGCUUCCACGGUUCACUGCUUCCAGCGCUGGAGUAAAGGCACCAAGGGGGAUGAGGAGGACAGCGAAGACUGAGCAGGAUUUACAUUUCAGCAAAUCUAAAAACCAACAAUGCUGUACACGUGGCGUGUCUCAUGCUGCACCUACACAGUGGAGGGGGCAGAAUUUUGCUCUUGUAUGGUUUCUUUGUACAUGGACAACGAAAUGUGAUAAUAAAGCACAUGCCCGUGGAAAGAAUCAAACUCGCAAUAAAAAUUUGCAAGUAUUCUGCGUCACCGGCAAAAUGUUAUCAUAGAGUUUGUAUUUUUGGCUGCAGGAACCUGGUCUUUUAUGACCACGGCUCUAGGCCUGAAUAAAUAUAGCAAUGUGAAUAUCUUUAUAAUGAGACAAAAUAGACAGUAAAAGGGAGGGAAAGCAGAAUUCAAAGUGUCACUACAGUGCUGUCGACUUUGUUUUCAGCAUAGUAUCAUAUCAGACAUCCAACUCUGGAGUCCAAAAAUGUGUAAAAUGACAUCAAAGUUCAUGUGACCGUGUGCGUACAUCACCAUCUGACUGAUUAUCACUUGGGCUUUAUCUGUGUUGGACAGAAUAUUUGAUCUCAUGACAGAAGGAUUUCAUUCUCACCAAUGACCUCAGUAUAACACUGACUAUAAUGACAUGAUGGAUUAUUUAAACUGUCUUUCUGGACACAAGCUAACGCUGACAACCGGUUCAUAAGCACCGGUUCAAAGUCUCAGUCAAGUCUGGAUUGAAAUCAUGAUGUAAGAUGACAUACUGCAGACAGGUAGAGAUUUUGGCAGUAUAUUCAUUAUAUAACCAAAAAUUGAUGUACAACACAAGAUAAUGUACAG